AUGGGUCCAAUGAAAAUGGAAAAAUUAAAGUGCUCUUCUUUAAGAUUAAUUGAAAAUGGUUAUUUUCAUCCUGUAAAGCAAACCUAUGAAGAAGGAGAUGUCGUUCAGUUUUUCUGUGAUGAAAAUUAUUAUCUCAGUGGAUCAGAUUUAAUUCAAUGCUACAGCUUUGGUUGGUACCCAGAAUCUCCUGUAUGUGAAGGAAGAAGAAACAGAUGUCCUCCUCCACCUCUGCCCACGAACUCCAAAAUUCAAACAUGUUCAAGUUCAAUAAGUUAUUGUCAUGGAGAAACAGUUCAUAUAGAAUGUGAACUUAAUUUUGAGAUCCAUGGGUCAGAAGAAAUACGUUGUGAAAAUGGAAAAUGGACAGAACCUCCAAAAUGCAUUGAAGGACAGAAGGUAGCCUGUGAGGAACUACCCUUCAUUGAAAAUGGUGCAGCAAAUUUACACUGUAAGAUUUAUUACAAUGGGGAUAAAGUGACAUAUGCAUGUGAAAGUGGCUACCUUCUCCAUGGAUCAAAUGAGAUAACUUGCAGGCGUGGAAAAUGGACACUUCCUCCUGAGUGUGUUGAAAAUAUUGACAAUUGUAAGCAUCCUCCUGUUGUAAUGAAUGGGGCUGUUGGAGAUGGGUUACUGGCAAGCUAUACAACAGGAUCCUCAGUGGAAUAUAGAUGCAAUGAAUAUUACUUACUGAGGGGAUCAAAAAUCUCUCAUUGUGAACAAGGUAAAUGGUCAUCCCCACCUGUUUGCUUGGAACCAUGUACUGUUAAUGUGGAUUACAUGAACAGAAAUAACAUAGAGAUGAAGUGGAAAUAUGAAGGAAAAGUAUUACAUGGAGAUUUAAUAGAUUUUGUAUGUAAACAGGGAUAUGACUUAUCUCCAUUAACUCCAUUGUCUGAGUUAAAUGUGCGGUGCAACAGAGGAGAAGUGAAAUAUCCUUUAUGUAUUAAAAAAGAAUCUAAAGGAAUGUGCACAUCUCCUCCACUUAUUAAACAUGGCGUUAUUAUUGGUUUAACAGUAGAAGCCUAUGAAAAUGGGUCUUCAAUAGAAUACAGAUGUUUUGAUCACUAUUUCCUACAAGGAUCUAGGGAGGCCUAUUGUUUAGAGGGAGUGUGGACUACACCACCAUUGUGUUUAGAGCCAUGCACAUUAUCUUUUGCUGAAAUGGAAAAGAAUAAUUUACUUCUGAAAUGGGAUUUUGACAAUAGACCACAUAUUUUGCAUGGUGAAUAUAUUGAGUUUAUUUGUAGAAGAAACACUUAUAUGGCUCAGUUAUCUAUGAGUGAAUCUGAACUUAGAAUGCGAUGUGACAGAGGGCAGUUAAAAUAUCCAAGAUGUAUUCCAAGAGAAAGGACUAUGUCUUAUCAAGAAUCUGUAACAAGAACAUGAAUGGCAGAAAGAGGAAUCACAUUUCAAUACAUUAUGAAAUUCCUUAUAAAACAUAAUUUGAGCGGAAAUAAGUUAAAAACAUCUGACUUUUUCCUUGCUUAAAUAUUUGAAUCUAAAUUGUGCUGAACUGAACAUUAUUUAUGAAUAA